GCAAUAUGGCGGAAGGCGAAGGUAGCAGCGAUAUUGUGGAAAGUUCUCAUGAUUUAACCAUUACUGACGACCAGAACGCCUCUGUGGAGACCGAAGGAGUUUCAGAAACAGGAGCUAAAGAACUACCAUAUAAUUAUGGAUUUUCCUUACCGGAAUAUUACAAACUUUGCCUACAGUAUUAUCACAAAGAAAAGCAGAUAAUAAAGCUUACUUAUGAUGACAAAGUUCAGCUGACUGCAUAUUGGAAACAAAUAUCAAGUGGAGCUUUUGAUCCUGAAAAGUACCCUGAUGUAGGAUAUUUUGAUGUUAUUGGUAAUGACAGAAGGAGAGCAUGGGAGAGCCUUGGUAACAUGGAACCCAGAGAAGCCAUGAAGAAGUUCUGUACGUUAUUAGGAACCUGUUCACCUGAGCUAGCUCCUUGGAUGGAAGCGCAGCAAAAAGAAAAAGAAGAAAAGGAGAGAAUGAGGAGGGAGGAAGAGGAAAGACUACGAAGGGAAGCAGAGGAGGCUGCUGAAAGAGAGAGGCAGAGACUGUUGGAAGAGGAAAUGAGGAGAAAAGCGGAAGAAGAAGAGGAAAGGAGAAAACAAGAAAUAAUUGUGAAGCAGCAGCAAGAGGCGCAGUUCUUACAACAACAGCAACAACAAAUGUUAAAACAGCAGCAGAAACAACAACAACAACAACAACAACAACAACAACAGACACCAGAUCCACAGCCCAAGACAGUGGCAGUGAAUGGCACACCAAGGAUAACGCCCCCUUCCUUAUGGACGCGUCCUAAAGUCCAAGAGUUUAUUCAACAUCUCAAGUCUGAUCCUACCUCCGUGUUAGUCGUUGGACGUGGAGAGACAAUGACAGUUCGUGUACCUACACAUGAAGGGGGAACAUGUGUAUUUUGGGAAUUUGCCACUGAGUUUUACGAUCUAGGCUUUGGAGUCUGCUUUGAAUGGUCGCAGCCGCAAACCAAGAACAUCACAGUCGCGGUGAACGAAUCGGACGACGACGAAUUCGGAGAGGAGGACAAAUCGGCUGAAAACGAGUCCAGUCCGCCCAAACCGAGAGUAGACGAAGUACUUCCUGUCGUACGGAGGCCUUGUAACGAGGAAGUGAUUAUUGGAAGUCACUUGUACCCAGGCCGCGGCGUGUAUCUUCUCAAGUUUGAUAAUUCGUAUUCCUUGUUUAGGUCAAAGACUUUGUAUUAUCGGGUUUACUACACCCGGUAAUGCAGGAUUGGAGACAGACACUUUCGCGAGAGAGGCUGAACGGAAUUCACAAUUGUAUCUAAUUUCAGGAAGCAGGAAUAUUUUAAAGAAAAUUUCAAAUUAUAACCAUUAUAAUAUAUCACGCUACUCUUAAAUUAGGUGCGAAUUAAUUCAACCAUCCCUCACGUUUUUGUGAAGAGAGUCGGUAGAUGAGUAUGUUAUGAAACAGAAAAUUGUAUAGUUAUAUUUACAGUGUUUCAUGGUUUGAGAUUGUAGUCCAGGGCACAGUUGUUUAAACGGCAGAUAACAGUCAUCUGUCGGAUAAAACGUACUGCGCUCUUCACCUGACAAAGAUUUACCCAGUGGAUGUUGUUAUCCACCCUUGGGAAAACUGGAGCCAGUUAGGAAUAGCAGUGUGACAGGCAAUGGAGACGACAGACUUUCGUAUUCUCUUGCGAGUUUUUGAUCAAACAAUUAUUCUGUUUUUCUUUUUUUCGAAAAUUAUUUUGAAAAUGAUCGCUUUGUUUCCCAACGAAAAACUUACAAUAAGGGAAGAAACUUUUAAGUUUGAAAAUUUGAUCAAAACGCGAUGUGUUCAAUUUGGAUUAAAAGCAUAGAGAUAUGUAAUUUUAAAAAUUUGAUUAACACACGAGGUGUUUAUUUUGGAUUAAAAGCAUCGAAAUAUGUAACCUGAUAUCAGGUUACAGCGCCAUUUA